CACAGACACAGACUCGUCCUCACACACUGGGGACUGCACGCCACUACGAGCAGGUGGAUCCGGUAACCCGACCCGUCUCCUCCGGAUCGCGAUGGGUGUGAAUGACGGCCGGGGCGCUGCUCUGGAAGGCGGACAGGGCGCUGUAAGGCGGGAGGGCAGGAGCAAUGCCAGACUCGCGGUGUUCGUGGCGUCUCAGAUCCUGUUUAAUGUUUUCUGCCUUGCAAUAUGUCUGCACUACCUGUGGAUAUCAAUGCAGACACCAGCCCCGACACCAGAAAUCCACUUGACGGGCAAAGGAAAUUACAGACCCUCCCCUCAACCCCUGGAGUUUACAGCAUAUAUAAAAGCGGAUGAGAAAGUGUUCAGUCUUCACAACAAGACCGUGCUGGAGUUCCACUGCAAGGGUCCAUACUUCCUGAGCCUCAAGCUUCACUCAAGCUUGAAGAGAUUAGACUCCAGCGCCACACUGACAAUGCACAACAAGAACGAGAUCCUGCUGUCCUUCCCAGUGACCAACAAGACCGAGGACAGCCUGAAAGAGCUCUUCCAGUUCGAAGCUGGAGAUCGGGUUCAUUUCAACCUGACAAAAAGCGCAGGGGGAGAGAACCUGCUCCCCAUUCUGAGGGAGCUGUAUGUGGACUUCGUUUACCUGUGGGGGAGGGGCUACUGCCCUAAUAAACCAGGAGACGGAUAAACCAACUGAUCUUCAUUCAAAACCUUCCUACCCAACCCUCACCCUCCAGAAACACACAGGUGUGUCUGUAUGUCUGCGGGCAGUGGGCAGAGAGACUGCUGUGUUACACGUAUAUAUCCACUAGGGUACAGACUGAUGAGCCUGCAAGAACAAGUGUCAGAAAUAAGAAAGAAACAAGACAAGAGCAGGGGAGCCGUGCAGAGCCGUCUGUCUGAAGACGCUGGCUUCAGUUGGGAUUUCUGUGCAUCCCUGGGCUCAGAAUAGCUAAACGAUCCUGAGCGAGGCUCAUGCUCCUGACUGGUGGACCUCUGUUCUGUGUUUUAUUUUUUUGGUUGGCAGGUUGAUUCAGAAUUUUGUCCUCUACCACAUACGCGUAGUUCUUUUUCUUUUUUUUUUUUUGCACAACAAACAUUUUUGCAUCAUUUUUAAGAAAUCUGUAAAUAGUAAUUAUUCUAAAAGUAUUUAUUUUAAUAUUAUUAUUGAGCUGUGUAUGCUGUAAGUGUUUAAUUUACAAAAGUGUCAGUUUCAUCAUCUUAUGUUGGGAUUGGUACAGAUUCUUUCCAUUCAGUAGAAUGGGUUAAAUAGGACACAUUUCACUGCGAUGCACUGUGCCUGAUAUUCUGUGUGAAUCCCCUCCCAACAAACAAUGAUAAAGAACAGGGAAACACAGAGCACUCCCUCCAGCCUGGGGUCCAAUCUCAAAGCUCUCUGCUCCCACAAUCCAGUGGGGGUUUGUGUUGUGUUGUGUGAAGUAUAACUAAGUUAACUGUAUUCAAGCCUAGUGCAAUUACUGGACUCACCUUUCUCAAGGGCAGUGUCAUAUGAGAAGAACCACAAAAACCUCAACCCUGCCCAGUAACCCUUGUCAAAUAAACAAGCAACAUUCACCUGCAGUUCCCUUCUAAACGUUUACCACAGUAGAAGCCCAGCAAAGUGUAUAAGUGAAUAAACAUGGCAAACUGGGCUAAACUCUGGUAAAUGCCUCGUACACCCAUGGGAAAAGCAUGGAAAAACUGCAAAAACACUGGCAGAGCUUCAAAGGGUUUAGCUGCAUUGGAACGAUUGUACACUAGAACUGCAACUACAUGUGCGCUGUCCACUGGUCUGAACUGUGUGUGCUCUGUGUAGCAGCUAGUCUGUUAACCUGAGCGCAUGGGAUAUCCUGAAUGUAUCACGCUGUGUCUUACUGUUUGGUUUUCUGCUCAUAUCCAGAAUCACUCCAAAGACACUCGACUUCGAGCUACAGAAUGUAUUUUAUUCAAAGACUCUGUGCUGAUGUAGGUGUCAUAACCAGCGGCGCACCUCACACAGUCUCUGUACUGUAAACCGAUGAUGAGUUUAAAGAAUACUCCAUGUGUGAAUGAGGACAGAAGAAAGUAUGCUUUAAAGCAGCAGUUUUCUAUUGUAUUUAAUUAUCA